CUCUCUCGCAUUCCGAUUUCCGACCGAACCCCUCAUUUUAGAGAGAGAAAAGUAACAGUGUCUUCGCGAAGUCGCCUCCGAUUCCCACUCUACCGCGCCCACGAUGCCGGAGAACCACCGUGGCUACGCUUAUCCGCCGGAUCACCAGAACUCCACCUCUUCUUCUCCAACCCAACCGCCCUCUUUUUCCGAUACUGCCCCUGCGAAUUCCGGCAAUGUCGAUCGAGUUCUCUUCAAGAACCUCGUCGAAAUGGUUCCCCUCGUCGAAUCCCUCAUGGAUCGGAGGGCGAGUGCGUCGUAUAGCCGUAGGGCUUCCAUGGUGUACACCCCUGCUCCGUCGCAGUCGAGAAAGGGCAGUGAACUUAGUGGCAGAAAAGCUGGUCAAAUCGGUUCAGCAAGAAAAAGAAGGGAUAAUAGAGACAAUGAGGAGGACUAUGAUGGUCUUUCCGCUAUUUCUUCAAAAGAUGCCCAAAGGGACAGGGAUGAGUUGAUUAAGUUGCUACAAGAUGUGAAUGAAUUGCAGAAGAAAUUAUCUGAAAAAGAGGAAGCACUGAAAUCUGCAGAAGAUUUAUUGAAUCAGAUGAGUACUGCUUAUGCGUCACUUGAGGAUUUAAGGUCCCAGGUUGCAGAGAAGGAUUCUCUGGUCAAAUCUUCUAAUUUAGAAUUGUACAAUGUCAAGAUUAGGCUUGCUGAGAAGCAGGCAGCUAUGGAAAAAUUAGUUUGGGAAACAAAGAUGUCAAAUAGAAAAAUUGAAGAACUUGAAGGGAACCUGACCUCUAAGGAUCUAGAGGUCAAUGCACUCAUGCAGUUGUUUGAAGAAAUAGCAGAGAAAGGUUCAACUCGAUACCCAGAUCAUAGCAUCACUUAUAGUGAUCCUUUUAAUCAAUAUCCGGUCCAAAUUGAUGAUGAUGAUGAUGAUGAUGAUGAUGAUGAUGAAGAAGACAAAAUUCAGAUGUCGAAGAUGGAAGAAGCAAGAACAGCCUACAUCAAUGCAGUGUCUAUUGCUAAAAUGAAUCCCUGUGACGAGACACUAGCUGCAGCUGCUGAGGCAAGGUUCAGGCUUCAAGCUUUCGUAUUAUGAACCAACAAUCUAGAAAUAUACUGGUCUUCGAGAACAACGUCGCAAGCUCUUGUGAUGCAAGCUCAGGCACUUGCUGUGUUUCCUUUUGGGCAUUCCGAUUAUAUAUUUGCAGGUGUGUCUAUUGGCAAUAAGUAUUUGAAUUGUUAUCUUCUUGACCUCGUGUUCCAUUGAGUUGUCCAUUUAUUGUGUAAAAAGAAAUAAGCCUUUGAAUUGUUACCAGUGUUUCCCUAGCCUUUCUAGGAUCCCUCUUCUGCAGUUAAUGGCCUGUUUGGAUUGAUGAUUAAAAAAGGGUCGAAAGAAAAGUGUGAGGAAAGAAAUCAUAUGUCAAUUUUAUCUGGCUUA